AUGGAAAAAGAACAUUCAAAAGAACGUAUUCAAGAGACCAGUGGAGAUCAAACUGGACACUCCGAUGAAGAAUCUGGUUGCGAAGCCAUAUCAAGCAUUCCUACUAUUGCCAGCCGCAUAUCAAUCGUUCCCACCAUUGCCAGCCGCACGCUAUCAAUCGUGCGCGCACGGGAAUCCGGAAAGGAUCUUGGGCCGCCUCCAGACGGUGGGUUCCAAGCAUGGUCGCAAGUUGGGCUUGCACAUUUCGUCAUCUUUAAUACAUGGGGCUACAUCAAUAGCUUCGGCGUGUUCCAGACAUAUUAUUCUCAGACGCUGGGACACCCACCUUCGGAUAUCUCCUGGGUAGGAAGUAUCCAAAUCUUUUUGUUGUUCUUUAUUGGCACGUUCUCUGGUAGGGCCACUGAUGCGGGCUAUUUCAAGAUCACCUUGGCCUGCGGUGCUCUAUUGGAAUGCUUCAGUAUCUUCAUGACCUCGCUAUGCACAAAGUACUGGCAGCUGUUCCUGGCACAGGGCAUUGGACAGGGAAUUGGGUGUGGACUCAUGUUCUGCCCAACAUUGGCAUUGAUCUCGACUUAUUUUGCCAAGAACCGUGGCAUCGCAAUUGGGAUUGUUGCGUCUGGUUCUGCGACGGGUGGCUUGAUCUUCCCAGCCGUGGUCAUGAAGAUGUUGCCUUCGGUUGGAUAUGGCUGGACCAUGCGGACGCUUGGCUUCAUCUCACUAGCCACGCUGACCCCCUGUGUGCUAUUCCUCAAGCAGCGUCUUCCUCCACGCACAAGUGGUCCCCUUGUCGAGUGGGCAGCCUUCACCGAAUUGCCCUAUCUGUUGUUUGCAAUUGGCAUGUUCAUGAACUUCUGGGGCCUGUAUGUCGGCUUCUUCUAUAUUGGUAGCUUCAGCCGCGAUAUCAUUGGCGUGUCAAGCGAUCGAUCCAUUCACUUACUCUUGGUCAUGAACGGAGUCGGAUUGGUCGGGCGUCUUGUCCCCAAUUUGCUGGCUGACCAAUUUACCGGUCCUCUCAACUUGUUGAUUCCGUUCAGUUUUGCCACCGCAUUGGUUGGGUACUGCUGGGCAGCGGUCAGUGGUACAUCCGGACUAUGGGUGUUCGCUGUAUUUUAUGGUCUGUUUGCUGCGGGUAUUCAGUCGCUGUUCCCCGCGACCCUCAGUACCCUCACUCCCGAUCUGAAGAAGAUUGGUGUGCGCAUGGGCAUGGUGCUUAGUGUGGUAGCAGUAGCCGCCCUUAUUGGGUCUCCUAUUGCUGGUGCAUUGGUCGUUCGCGACGAUGGUGAUUACUUGUACGCCCAAAUGUUUAUGGGAUCUGCGAUCCUCACUGGAGCGUUGACGUUGAUCGGGGCGCGUGUGACUAAGGUGGGUACCGGUCUGGCGCGAGUUUAG